GUACUCGUGGUGCAGCAAGCGGCUGGGGACUGGCCAGAGAGAGUGGUGGUAGGGCACAACGUGGCCUUCGACCGGGCGUUCAUCAAGGAGCAGUACCUCAUCCAGGGCUCCCGGGUGCGUUUCCUGGACACCAUGAGCAUGCACAUGGCCAUCUCGGGGCUGACGGGCUUCCAGCGCAGCCUCUGGAUGGCUGCCAAGCACGGCAAGAGGAAGGGGCUGCAGCAGGUCAAGGAGCACAUUAAGAAAACGCGCAGCAAAACGGAGGGGCCAGCUGUCACUUCGUGGGACUGGGUGCACGUCAGCAGCAUCAACAACCUGGCGGACGUGCACGCGCUGUACGUCGGGGGGGAGCCGCUGGAGAAGGAGGCGCGGGAGCUCUUUGUCAAGGGGACCAUGGCCGACAUCAGGAGUCACUUCCAGGACCUGAUGUCGUACUGUGCCCGCGAUGUCCAGGCCACCCACGAGGUGUUUCAGGAGCAGUUGCCGCUCUUCAUGGAGAGGUGCCCCCACCCCGUGACGUUUGCAGGGAUGCUGGAGAUGGGGGUGUCCUAUCUACCGGUCAACGGGAACUGGAAGAGGUACCUGGAUGAUGCUCAUGGUAUCUACGAGGAGCUGCAGAAAGAGAUGAAGAAGUCCCUGAUGAACCUGGCCAAUGAUGCCUGCCAGCUGCUUCACGAGGACAGGUACAAGGAUGACCCCUGGCUCUGGGAUCUUGAGUGGGACACGCAGGAGUUUAAGCAGAAGAAAAAUCCGGGGAAGAAGAAGAAGGAUCAGGACGGGAACAGCAAAGCCCCUGCGGAGGUGGUGGGCUCAGAUGGGUCCGUGCAGGAGUGGCAGGAAGACCCCGGCCCCCCCAGUGAGGACGAUGAGCUGAAAGCCCCUGCGAGCCGGGUCCGCCUGGAGCGUCUGAAGGAGACGGUUGCGCUGCAACCCAAGAGACUCCAGCACCUGCCGGGCCACCCGGGCUGGUACCGCAAGCUGUGCCCGCGCCUGGAGGAGGUGGAGGAGCUGAGCCAGCUGGAGGUGGACGUGGAGGAGAAAAUGGGCAGAGCAGACCAGAGCCUGGUGCAGGAGGAGAUGGAUGAGCUGUAUGAGCUGGUAGAGGCAAGGAGCCAGCCCUCGUACCACCAUGGCAAUGGUCCCUACAACGAUGUCAACAUCCCUGGGUGCUGGUUCUUCAAGCUGCCUCACAAGGACGGGAACGAUAACAACGUGGGAAGCCCUUUUGCCAAGGAUUUCCUGCCCCGGAUGGAGGAUGGCACCCUGCGAGCCGCCGUGGGCGGCACCCAUGGUACCAGAGCCCUCGAGAUUAACAAAAUGAUCUCGUUUUGGAGGAACGCUCACAAGCGAAUCAGUUCCCAGAUGGUGGUGUGGCUGAAGAAAGGGGAGCUGCCUCGCGUGGUGACCAGGCACCCCGACUAUAACGAGGAGGAUGAUUACGGAGCCAUCCUGCCGCAGGUGGUGACCGCGGGCACCAUCACCCGCCGGGCGGUGGAGCCCACAUGGCUGACGGCCAGCAAUGCCCGGGCUGACCGGGUGGGCAGCGAGCUGAAAGCCAUGGUCCAGGUGCCGCCCGGCUACUCGCUGGUGGGCGCAGACGUGGAUUCCCAGGAGCUCUGGAUAGCUGCUGUCCUUGGCGAGGCACACUUUGCCGGCAUGCACGGCUGCACGGCCUUCGGCUGGAUGACUCUGCAGGGGAAGAAGACCUUGUCCCAUGCUUCCAGCAAACCUCCCCUUUGUCCCGCCAGGUCCCGGAGGAAGAAGAAGUGGGACGUGGUGGAGCACCGAGUGUGGGCUGGAGGCACCGAGUCCGAAAUGUUCAACAAGCUGGAGAGCAUCGCCUUAUCCCCGUCCCCACAGACCCCGGUGCUGGGCUGUCACAUCAGCAGGGCCCUGGAGCCCGCCGUGGCCAAGGGGGAGUUUCUGACCAGCAGAGUGAACUGGGUGGUGCAGAGCUCGGCCGUCGACUACCUGCACCUCAUGCUGGUCGCCAUGAAGUGGCUCUUCGAGGAGUUCGACAUCAACGGGCGCUUCUGCAUCAGCAUCCACGACGAGGUGCGCUACCUGGUCCAGCAGCAGGAUCGCUACCGGGCAGCCCUGGCCCUGCAGAUCACCAACCUCCUCACGCGGUGCAUGUUUGCCUACAAACUGGGCCUCCAGGAUCUGCCACAGUCGGUGGCUUUCUUCAGCGCAGUGGACGUUGACCAGUGCUUAAGGAAAGAGGUGACCAUGAACUGUGCAACGCCGUCAAAUCCAACUGGGAUGGAGAAGAAGUACGGCAUCCCUCAAGGAGAAGCACUGGAUAUAUAUCAGCUAAUUGAAAUAACCAGGGGUUCGCUGGAGAAGAAGUGA